AUGACAAUUCUUCCACCUCCAGCAGUUAUCCAACGAGUUUUGGAUACUAUUUCUACUAUUGCUAAUCUUUUAACUCUAUUGAUUUCUUUAUCUCUUCUAUGUAUUAUUAUUUAUCAACUUAUUCGUUCAAAUUCUAUUUAUCGUAAAGAAAUGUUAAAAGAUAUGUCUAUACGUCUUUCUAUGAAUACACAUUGUUUACUUAUUAUAAGAAGUAUUUUUCAAUUUUUUGAUAUUGAUUUAAAUACAAUAAAACGAGAUUAUUUAUCAAUACAAGAAUUUAAUAAUUCAUUUAGAUGUCGUUUUCGUGGUUAUUUACUUUUAUCUAUACAUAAUUGUUUAUAUUGGAGUUAUACAAUUCAAGCUAUAUUUCGUUUUAUAAGAGUUAUUUUUCCUCAUUAUAUUUAUUUAUUUCAAUCAAAAAUUAGAUUUUGUAUAUUGAUUUUUAUUCAAUUCUUUUUUGGAUUUAUCAGUAUAUUUCCAAUUUUUAUUGGUUUUAAUGAUAUUUAUUUACUACCUAAUGAACCUUAUUGUACUGCAUCAUUUAAUGAACUUACUUCAUUGACUUACAUGCCUAUACUUGCAUUUGGCUUACCAUUAUCUACUAUUGUUGUAUGUUAUUUAUGUAUUACUUGGAAAAUACGUCGUAUAACAACAAUAAUACGUCCAUAUCAACAAAGAAAUCGUCGUGAUUUUAUUGUUAUUCAUCGUAUGAUAUUACUUAUAACAAUUUUAAGUAUGGUAUCACUUCCAUUAUUUAUUGAUUUAUUUAUUCAUUUAGCAAAAGGUUAUAUAGAUCCAUAUAUGAAUUCGAUUGGAUGGGUUUCAUCGAGUAUUAAUGCUGUUAUACUUGUCAUUAGUUUACCAUUUAUUAAUCCAAAGUUGUAUGAAUUAUUGAAAAGAAAAUCGAAUAUUGUUCAAGUUCAAUGA